AUGCCAAAAUACUAUUGCGACUACUGCAAGUCGUAUCUUACUCAUGACAAAAUGAGUGUGCGGAAAUCGCACUUGGCGGGAAAAAAUCACAUUCGGAAGUAUUGCUUAUACUAUGAGGAAAAGGCCAAACAGCUUGGAAUUUGGGACACCAAUGACUUCACCUAUGAAGUGGAUAUGGGCUACCUCAGCCAAGGAGCACCAUCACCAGAAAAAUUCUCGAGAAAGAUACUUCGUAGCAAAGACAAGUCGUUUGUGAGACAGAAAGACGAAGCAGAAAAAGAGAUUUGCCUACCUCCGCCUCCGAACUUGGCUAACUUGGCUCCUCCGCCUCCUUCAGCAAUCAGACACACGGAUGAAUACAUCAAGGCGAUAACGACACACGUUUCACUUGCAACGCAUGAUAUAUAA